AUGGGUAUUUUUCGAAAGUUUAGACGAACUGAAAAUCAUGAUGGAGACGUAUUUCAGGAGCCCUUACCACCUAUUGUACAGCAAAUGGUUUCUGAAGCAGCGGUACGAUAUGUUGCUUUAAAAGAGAGAGAAAGACGAGCUUAUGCUGCAAUGCAUCCAAAUGAAAUCGUGCCACCUUUACCGGAUCUACUAGAAAUUCCUAUGCCAAGAUAUGGUGGUGUUAUCGAUGAAGGCUCAGAUGUUUACUCUGAGGAAAAUGUUCGAUCUUCUUCUCCGUUUCAUGCCAUUGCGUCAGCAUUAGGCUUUCGUCGAUCAAAAUCUCGUAAUCAAUAUUACAGAGAUUCACCGGCUCAUUUUUCACGAGCUGGUUCGCCUGAGCAUUUUCGUCAUCGGCCACCUGGUUCACCUGAACAUUUUCGUCGACGAGCACAUUCGCCUUAUUUGGGACGAUCACGAUCUUCAUCGCCAUAUUUCAUCGGCGAACAUGAAAGAGUUCCAUCACCUCAUCGUUUUAGUUCACCAUUUGGUUCGUCUUCAGCUAACGUUGAACAUCGCCGUCAACAGAAUGCCCAAUUAUCGCCAAAUUUUGAGAGAGAACAAAGAUUUCAACAAGGAAAUAUGAUGAAUGGUUCACUGCAAUAUAUUCCGCGAUAUCAACAAUUCCAACAACCAUAUUAUCCAAUCAAUCCUGUUGUAAACUAUCAAGGCUAUCCUAUGGUACAACAACAAAUGUAUUCACCUUAUUACUAUUCACCUUGCUAA